AUGUUGACGAAGUUUGAGACGAAGAGCAAUCGAGUGAAAGGACUGAGUUUCCAUAGCAAGAGGCCAUGGAUCCUGGCGAGCCUUCACAGUGGCGUGAUCCAGCUGUGGGAUUAUCGCAUGGGCACCCUCAUUGAUCGGUUUGACGAGCACGAUGGGCCUGUUCGAGGGGUUCAUUUUCAUAAAUCACAGCCGCUUUUUGUAUCUGGAGGUGAUGAUUACAAAAUCAAGGUGUGGAAUUACAAACUGCACAGGUGUCUGUUUACUCUUCUUGGUCAUCUUGAUUACAUCCGAACAGUUCAAUUUCAUCAAGAAUAUCCUUGGAUUGUAAGUGCUAGUGAUGAUCAAACAAUUAGAAUAUGGAACUGGCAAUCUCGAACUUGCAUUUCUGUACUGACCGGGCACAACCAUUAUGUUAUGUGUGCCUCAUUUCACCCCAAAGAAGACCUUGUCGUUUCAGCCUCUUUGGAUCAGACUGUGCGCGUUUGGGACAUUGGUGCUUUGAGAAAGAAAACUGUGUCCCCUGCUGAUGAUAUUUUGCGAUUGUCUCAAAUGAACACAGACUUUUUUGGUGGGGUUGAUGCUGUGGUGAAGUAUGUAUUGGAAGGCCAUGAUCGAGGUGUUAACUGGGCUUCAUUCCAUCCAACUCUUCCUCUGAUUGUUUCUGGAGCAGAUGACCGCCAAGUUAAAAUAUGGCGCAUGAAUGAUACAAAGGCUUGGGAGGUGGACACAUUGAGAGGUCACAUGAACAACGUGUCAUGUGUCCUGUUCCAUGCGAGACAGGACAUCAUUGUCUCAAACUCAGAAGACAAGAGCAUUCGAGUCUGGGAUGCCACAAAAAGAACUGGUCUUCAAACGUUCCGUAGGGAGCACGACAGGUUCUGGAUCCUUGCAGCUCAUCCUGAGAUGAAUCUUCUUGCUGCAGGUCAUGAUAGUGGCAUGAUUGUUUUUAAGCUGGAAAGAGAGCGUCCUGCGUUUUCUGUUAGCGGCGAUUCCCUCUUUUAUGUCAAGGACAGGUUCCUCCGUUCCUUCGAGUAUUCUUCCCAGAAAGACAUUCAGCUCAUACCUAUCCGUCGUCCUGGUUCUAAUAGCUUGAAUCAGGGGCCUCGAUCUCUCUCCUACAGUCCAACGGAGAAUGCUGUCUUGAUAUGCUCGGACAUCGAUGGGGGAUCGUAUGAGCUCUAUAUAAUCCCCAAAGAUAGCUAUGGCAGAGGAGAUACUGUUCAGGAUGCAAAAAGAGGCGUUGGGAGCUCGGCAGUUUUUAUUGCUCGAAACAGGUUUGCCGUGCUAGAGAAGAGCACCAACAAUGUACUGGUCAAGAACCUGAAAAAUGAAAUAGUGAAAAAGAGUCCUCUUCCUAUCGGUACCGAUGCCAUAUUCUACGCGGGCACUGGGAAUCUGCUGUGCAGGUCUGAGGACAGGGUUGUCAUCUUUGAUCUCCAGCAGAGGAUUGUCCUCGGGGAGAUUCAGACGUCUUUCGUUCGGUAUGUGUUCUGGUCCCCGGAUAUGGAGAGUGUCGCUUUGCUGAGCAAACACUCGAUCGUUAUAGCUGAUAAGAAACUUGCCCACCGAUGUACGCUCCACGAGACUAUCCGUGUCAAGAGUGGGGGCUGGCAGGAUAACGGCGUGUUUAUUUACACGACCCUGACCCACAUCAAGUACUGUCUUCCCAAUGGGGACAGUGGGAUUAUCAAGACUCUGGAUGUCCCAGUGUACAUCACCAAGAUAUAUGGAAGCACAAUCUUUUGCCUGGACAGAGAAGGAAAGAAUCGCCCCAUCAUCAUCGACCCCACCGAGUACGUCUUCAAGCUGUCCCUGCUAAAGAAGAGGUAUGACCAGGUAAUGAGCAUGAUCAAAAACUCAGAGCUGUGUGGGCAGGCCAUGAUUGCUUAUCUGCAGCAGAAGGGCUUCCCGCAGGUGGCCCUCUAUUUCGUUAAGGACGAGCGUACCCGAUUCAACCUCGCCCUCGAGAGUGGGAACAUUGAGAAAGCACUCGAGUCUGCCAAGAAAAUAGACGAAAAGGACCACUGGUACAGGCUGGGUGUGGAGGCCCUCCGCCAGGGAAAUGCUGGUAUUGUCGAGUAUGCGUAUCAGAAGACCAAAAACUUUGAGCGACUCUCCUUCCAUUACCUCAUAACCGGAAAUCUGGAUAAACUCUCGAAGAUGAUGAAAAUCGCUGAGGUUAAGAAUGAUGUCAUGGGACAGUUUCAUGAUGCUUUGUAUCUCGGUGAUGUUCGUGAGCGCGUAAAGAUUCUUGAGAACGCGGGCCACCUGCCCCUCGCAUAUAUCACCGCCUCAGUUCAUGGCCUACAAGAGACUGCAGAGCGUCUGGCAGCUGAACUGGGUGACAAUGUUCCUUCUCUUCCUGAGGGGAAACGAGCAUCUCUCCUGAUACCUCCAAGCCCGGUGCUCUGCGGGGGGGAUUGGCCCUUGCUGAUGGUCAGCAAGGGAAUAUUCGAGGGUGGCCUCGAUGAGGUGACCAGGGGACCCACCAAAGAGGACUACUACGACGAUGCUGCCGAUGCUGACUGGGGCGAGGGCCUGGACAUUACUGAUGUGGACAACAUUCAGAAUGGUGACAUCAGCGUGGUGGUUGAUGAGCUCACCGCGCAUGGGGACGAGGGUGGGGAUGAGGAGGGUGGGUGGGACCUCGAGGACCUGGACCUCCCAGCCGAGACACCGACUAAGGUGGAUAGCAGUUUGCUUUCAUCUGUUUUCGUGGUUCCAACUGCAGGGAUGCCCGUAAGCCAGAUCUGGGUUCAGCGCUCGUCCCUGGCUGCCGAACACGCCGCCGCUGGAAACUUCGAUACAGCCAUGCGCCUCCUGACCCGCCAGCUGGGCAUAAAAAAUUUUGCCCCUUUGAAAUCUCAAUUUGUAGACUUACAUGUCGGCAGCCACACCUAUCUCCGUGCUUUCACCUCUUCCCCUGUUAUCUCGGUUGCGAUCGAAAGGGGCUGGAGCGAGUCAGCGAGUCCAAACGUCCGCGGGCCCCCAGCCCUCAUCUUCAAUUUCUCUCAGCUGGAGGAGAAGCUGAAAGCUGGUUACAAGGCCACGACCACCGGGAAAUUCUCCGAGGCCCUGAAGAAUUUUCAGUCCAUUCUCUACACAAUACCACUGAUCGUGGUCGAGACUCGUAGGGAGGUAGAUGAGGUGAAGGAGCUGAUUGUGAUUGUGAGAGAGUAUGUUCUCGGUUUGCAGAUGGAUCUCAAGAGGAAGGAAUCAAAGGACAAUCCUGUCCGUCAACAGGAGCUUGCGGCUUACUUUACACACUGCAACCUCCAGCUUCCACACACAAGGCUUGCAUUAUGGAAUGCAAUGUCCAUUUGCUUUAAAGCGCAGAACCUGAGCACGGCGGCUAAUUUCGCUAGGAGGCUGCUGGAGACGAACCCGAGCGUUGAGAACCAGGUGACGAAGGCUCGCCAGGUGCUCCAGGCAGCUGAAAGGAACAUGAAGGAUGCAACCCAGCUGAACUAUGAUUUUAGGAACCCGUUUGUCGUAUGUGGAGCCACUUAUGUCCCGAUUUACAGGGGGCAGAAGGAUGUGACAUGCCCGUACUGUGGGACCCACUUUGUUCCUUCCCAGCAGGGGCAACUGUGUACAGUAUGCAAUCUUUCUGUGAUUGGGUCGGAUGCGUCGGGCUUGCUGUGUUCACCUUCGCAGAUUAGAUGA